CGCUUAGAGAAAGGGGCGUGUUAGUUGAGUAGAUCGAGCCAAUAAAAUUUUUCAUUUACAGCUCGCGCUAUAAUGCUAUUUGCUCGCGCUAGUGUCAGUCAUUAGGGGUCAUUACAGGCAGAAAAUCAGUCACGCGCUUCAAAAGAGAGAUUUGACUUCGGUAAAAGUACAUGGAUGUAAUGAUUAGUUUACCUUAAUUUUUUUUUUUUAAAACGAACAGGCUCGCUCUCUCUGAAUGUUUAUUUCAGCCCAUGUUUUUUUGUCGUAGUAAACGAAAGUAAACCAGGAAGUAAACAACUUAAAGCGUAAAAAAUAGCGCAGUUACGUUUCACAGUGCAGGAUAAAGGCGAUAAAAGCGUUGUUAAAAUGGUUUUGGAGAACAUUUUGUUGUCUUUAACCUCAGUGCAUUGGACAGAUGCAGGGAUUGUGCUACUGUUGUUCAUCCUUUUUCUUCUGAUCUCAGACCAGCUGAGAAACAGGAAGCCAAGAAACUAUCCCCCCGGACCCACACCUCUCCCCUGUGUUGGGAAUGUUUUUAACAUGGAUGUUACACAACCUCAUAUUUAUUUAACUAAGUUGUCAGACCACUAUGGCAACAUUUUCAGCUUGCGUCUGGGAAGCUUAAACACUGUUGUUGUGAAUAGCUACAACAUGGUCAAGAAAGCUCUUGUUGAUCAAGCAGACAUUUUCACAGGCCGCCCAACCAAUGAUGUGCUCAAAAAAAUAAUCAAGUGCCAAGGUGUAACCUUCAAUAAUGGCUACAGCUGGAAGCAACAGAGGCGCUUCACUCUUAGUACUCUUAAAUACUUUGGUGUGGGAAAGAGAAGCCUGGAGUUCAUCAUCAUGGAAGAGUACCAAUUUCUGCACAAGACCAUCAUGGAUACCAAUGGCCUGCCAUUCGAUCCUCAUUACUUUAUUAACAAUGCUGUCUCCAACAUCAUCUGCUCCAUGGUGUUUGGCAGGAGGUUUGAGUACACUGACCAGAGGUUUCUGAACAUGCUCAGUCUGAUGUCUAAAGCCCUUAAGCUACAAACUUCCCUGUGGAUACAGCUUUACAGUGUUUUCCCUUGUGUAAUGGACCUCAUCCCAGGACCUCAUAAAGACCUGUUUUCCUGCUUCCAUCAAGUUUGUGCUUUUAUUAGGGAAGAGGUGGACAAGCAUUAUGCAGACUGGGACCCCUCUUCACCCAGAGAUUUUAUAGACUGCUAUCUUACUGAGAUCCAGAAGAGGAAAGAUGAUCUGGAAGCAGGAUUUCAUGAAGAGGGUCUGCAAUAUGCUGUACUUGAUUUAUUUGUGGCUGGAACUGAGACCACAUCUACCACUUUACUGUGGGCCUUUGUAUACAUGAUGAAAUACCCAGAAAUCCAAGAAAAGGUCCAAGCAGAAAUAGAUAAAGUUGUUGGACAGUCGCGUCGACCCAACAUAGAUGACCGACCCAACAUGCCAUACACUGAUGCCGUUAUCCACGAAGUCCAGAGAAUGAGCAAUGUUGUGCCCCUUAGUGUGCCAAGAAUGACUAAUGAAGACACAAUAUUGGGAGGAUAUUUAAUUCCAAAGGGUACACAGAUCAUUCCUAACCUGACCUCAGUACUGUUUGAGCAGACCAAGUGGAAGACUCCACAUUCAUUUGACCCACAGAAUUUUCUGAACACUAAAGGCGAGUUUGAAAAACCCGAAGCCUUUAUUCCUUUUUCAGUAGGAAAACGAUCUUGUCCAGGAGAAUCGCUUGCCCGUAUGGAGCUCUUUCUCUUCUUCACAUCCUUUCUACAGUCCUUCACUCUGUCUCCUCCAGAGGGAACUCAAACAAGCUUGGACUUUAAAUUUGGAAUGACACUUUCCCCAAAGCCAUUUAGAAUGAGUUUCACUCCUCGUUGAUUGAUAUAUAUACAUUUUACAUCAGUGCACCACAUUUAAAUUUUUCUUAAAGUAGAAUUAUACUGUUUCUUCACCUGAGGUUGUUUAAAAUGAUCUAUAACCAAAUAAAACUGCAGCUUCUAUAGACAAAUAAAGCUGGUAACCUUUUUAAAA